CUUUGUAGAAAAUCCCCUCGUCCCGCUAAAAUGUACCCCUAAUGGCGACGUGUCCCGCCACUCCUUAAUUACUACUCGUCUACUCCCCUAGGCGUUAUCCUACACCCAGGCGCAUGUUAGUCUAAAUUUUGGCCCAUAUUAGUGGCAAUUUUAAUCUUCCAUUAAACUCGAGGUUGGCUUUGGAUUCAAUGGUGUAUCAAGCUAGAACAAGGAAACGGGUCCACGGUAUCCAAAUACGUCGUGGUCCCGACGGCAGUGCCUUUCAAAAAUGUGAAAUAUGUGGCAUUUCAAUGGCUGUCGCAUUGGCUGACAUGCACGAAUGUGAACCAAGAAAGGGUUAUAAGAAACUGAAAUGCCAACCCCUGCGCACAAUCGUUGUUAAAGAGCAGAGGAAGAUUGACCAACCCAGAUCAGCUUUUCGAGUUUUCAUGGAGGAAUUUGUGAAGACAAACAUAGACGGGAAUGCGUUAGAAGUGGAUAAGAAAGGUUUUGAGACAUGGAAAAAUAUGACACGUGAGGAGAGGUUCUUGUACUUCAUGAAAGCCGAUCAAAUUAAUCUUGCAUACUUGAAGCUUUUGCGUAGAGAGGAGAAUGUUAUGCAAUGGAGGGCAGACGACGAGGCGGAUUCUGCUGAAGUUGGCAAGUACGAUUGGAAUUAUGAAUAUUAUGAUUAUUAUGAUUCUGAAUCUUCUGGGGAUUUGAUUCUGGCGUGAGACAAAGAAGAGCUUUGACACCACUGAGAGGGAAGGUUUGUUUCCAUGGACAGCUGGUAUAAAAACUUGAGGAUUGAACAUCAUUUUGAGGGCUCCAUGCUUUGAAUUGAUGGAGCCUUUACGUCAACGGCUGGCAUCUGUUUUUGUGCAGAAGUCUUGUCCAUUCCUACCUUAUUGGAGGCAAGUCAGGUUGGUUGGCUAUUUGUUACUAUAGGAGUUAGGAUAUUGAACAUCCAGAUACAUUUUCUUAGACAAUCACCAGUGAUACAUAUCUUGAGAUCAGCCAGGAGCCUUGUAUAGGAUGUUUUUUUGGUAAAGGUUCGCAUUUGAUUUGUAUGCUUCCUCCUGGAAUAGGGCCUAUGUGUACAGUCUAUUAUGAAAUGUGCAUGUUCAUUUGAUUAUUUAUAUUUGAGUGUGACAGUGGAUGGUCA